AUGUCUUCGUCGGAGAGUGAUGAUGCCAAUGAUGAAGUGCAUAAUGAUGAUGGUUUAGAUGGUACAUUGGAUGUCAAUGAAACAAGUCAUUUAACAUCAUUAUACAAUUCAUUCGUACCUUCUGAUACUACACCCGUAAUUGAUCAAUCUUUAGCUUGUACAGUUCGGUCUGCUUUUCAAAGCUUCUCUGCGACUCAAACUGCACCCCUCUCAACCUUCGGUGAUUCGAUUCGCUGGUAUAUUGAAGCUCCAACAUUAUUUCAGUCGAAUGGAAAUGACUCAUCGUACUAUUUAUCGUUGAAUUCGCCCAUUGACCAAUCACAAUUGAAUACUACUAGAGCAGCCAAACUAUUUGUGGGAAAUAUCUGUUAUAGAGCCAACGAUAAAGACUUGAAAGAGUUUUUGGUAGCACGCGGUUUUCAAGUCGUGAAUCUCGAGCUUAUGAAUAACGCAAGAAAACCAGGUCAUCGUGGCAUUGCUUUCGUCCAAUUCGGUUCGGCAGAAAUUGCUCAACGCAUUCUCUAUCGUUUUGGAAGAAAUCCAAGCGAGUUUUGCUUCCGAGGUCGUCAGUUAAAGAUCGAUUAUUGCCGGAAAUCUCAAUCACACUCGAAAGUAUCUAUCGCUGAUAAAAAAUUAUUAGGAAAUGCAAAUGACUUCGAUAUUCGACAAAUUCUUUAUGGCACAUUGAUUAUGGGAGCAGCUAUGAACAAUAUCACCGGCGUGAAUAAUGCAGAUAGCUUCGGUCUGAUUGCCAAUCGACUUGUCAAUAAUGAAGAAAAAGUUCGUAGUCGUUUACGAAUUGAUGAGCAAGAAAGAAAAUUUUUAAUCAUCGUUUCCUAUGGAGAUGAUUUCAAACAACAUCUCACAUUCGAAUGGACUUUUGGCGCUUUAAAGGGCGAAAAGAUUAGUCCGGUUUUAAUCAACAAUUCAAGUGUUUGUUUACUUGUUGAAUUGAAACGACCACCGGUUAUCAUUCAGACUUAUUUAGAUGCCCAGACCAAUGAAAAAAUCGAUGUGCGUAUGCCGGGAACUCCACUGAUCGGUCAUGCCAAUGCCUGGGUUUUUCAAUUGAAUAGUUCGAGAAUUGUAGAUGAGUUUAGAAAAUUGCUUUGUAUUCUUUGUUGUCAUAAUUUAUCACCACGGCAAUUUGCUCAACGGAGUGCACUGCAUUGUAUUUUUCCCAUACAAAGAGCUAGGGAAAACCUUCGGCAUGUUCAAAUCUUAUCCAACAAUGACUGGGUCAAUGAAAAUCGUCGGAUAGUUGACCGUUUUCUUCAUGAUCGAUGGCCUCGGUAUCCAUUUGAAAUCAAAUUUGAACUGAUGAAAUUAAUUUCUAAACAUAUUAUUACCAUCCAUGAUCUGAUUGUCGACGAAAGCCUUGAUAGAAUCUUAGCACAAUGCUCAUUAGAUACGUUCAUUGCAUGCGUCAAUAAAAUCAUCGAAUUUGCUCCUCGUUGGCUCCACCAUUUUUGUGACAAUGAGGAUGAAGAAGACGAAGGGGAGGAGGAAGCAGAGCAAACACCAACAACAACAAGCGUAGCUAUGGAAGUUGACUCUCCGUCUUAUGACAUUCCCUUGGCAACCGGUUCGUCAGUUAACAUGACCCAUACAGAGCCUCUGUGUCUAACAGGUGCUAUGGUUCGUUCAAUUCGAAAAGAUGAACUUGGAUAUCCUAGUCGCUUUCUUGUCAAUGCACUUAACGAAUUACGACGGAAACACGAACUUCGUCGCGAUUCAGACAGCGGUAUAUAUGUGACCAAACAUGAAUUACAUACAAUCAAUAAGAAUUCGUUUUUCAUUCGGAAAAUUUACAUUACACCAUGCACUAUUCUCUAUGAAGGCCCAUAUCGUGAAGAAAGAUGCCCUGUAACACGGAAAUUUGCUCGAGAACAAGAAGGAUUUCUGCGUGUCAGUUUCCGUGAUGAAGAUUAUAAGAAACUACAAUAUGCGAAUGCUGAUAUGAGUGUACUAUACAAUCGUAUGAAAGCCAUCUUGAUAAAUGGCGUGAGUGUGUGUGAACGACAAUUCAAUUUUCUUGCAUUUUCAAGUUCACAAUUACGCGAACAUUGCUGUUGGAUGUUUGCAACAAUAAACGAAAUUUCUGUGGAGGACAUUCGAGAUUGGAUGGGUGACUUUCGACAUAUUCAUCCUGUGGCUAAAAUGGCUGCUCGAUUGGGUCAAUCGUUUUCAACUUCUCGAAAAGGUCUCGAACUUACCCGUCAGGACUAUAGAGAAAUACCUGAUGUGAAGUCAAACAAUGCAUGUUUUACUGACGGCAUUGGAAUUAUUUCACCACGAUCGGUGAACAAGUUGUACGAAGAAUUAGGUAUUGAGGAAAAGGCUUAUCAUCCGUGUGCUUUUCAAAUUCGAUUUGGUGGUUAUAAAGGAAUGGUGUGCUUAGAUGUUGCGAAUCGUAUUCAGGAGCCUGAUGUUGGGUUGUAUCUUCGUGAAUCGAUGAAUAAAUUCGAUUCGAACAACAAUUCGAUUGAUAUUGUUCGUGUAUCAUCGAUGCCAGCUACUAAUUUUCUAAAUCGGCAGAUUAUUCUUCUAUUAUCAUGCCUGAAUAUUGAAGAUGAAGUAUUUCUUUCGAUGCAGGACAAAAUGCUUGAUGAUUUACAAGUGCUUACGAAAGAUCCUCAACAAGCUUGCGAAUUCUUGAGAAAUUUCGGUGGAACAAGUGGAAGUGCAUAUCCGAAAUUUCUAUUGGAGUAUCUGAAAAGAUUUAGUAAAAACAUGGAGCCAUUUGCUCAACAAGUUCUUCUAGCUCUUCAAGGAUUUUUGGUGAAAGAAUUGCGAAUAAAGGCACGAAUACUCGUUCCAAAUGCUUGGUGUAUCUUCGGUGUUGUCGACGAAACCAACACUCUUCAAUACGGAGAAGUGUUCAUCCAAAUCGAACAACAAAAUGAAGCUAAAUUGAGUCAAAGAAUUCUAGCCGGUCCGGUGAUCAUAACCAGAAAUCCAUGCUUUCACCCAGGUGAUAUUCGUCGAUUGACAGCAGUCGAUGUUCCUGCACUACAUAAGCUGAAAAAUGUGGUUGUAUUUCCAAUGAAGGGUGAUCGACCUCAUCCAGCAGAGAUGUCAGGUGGUGAUCUCGAUGGUGAUACGUUUUGGGUUUGUCAGGAUCAGCGCCUGAUAUUUCAAAAGAACGAACAACCAUUCGAUUAUCAUGAUCAAGCUGUAGAAGAUGCUAAGCAAGUCGAAAUUGAUCAAUCGACUGUGUAUGGUAUCAAAGAUGUGUGUAACUUUUUUGUUGAAUACAUCGAAGNUAAUAUUCAGGAGAUAAUAGAAAUUCAUAUAUAA